GAUAGUAUAUUUAUAUUUUAUUUUAGCCUCUCAUAAAAGAUAUAGAUGUAUUAGAGUAUAUGAUUCAGUUUCAAAAUAAAUCUGCCCCUAAAAAAUUAUUUGACCGACCAUUUCCCACUGAAAAAAACUGUUUUGUAGUAGGACAAAAACUAGAAGGUAUUGAUCCUAAGCAUGUAGCACUAUUCUGUGUAAUGACUAUAUCAGAAGUUUGUGGAUAUCGUAUUAAAUUACAUUUUGAUGGAUAUCAGUGUGAUUAUGAUUUUUGGGUAAAUGCGGAUUGCCCAGAUUUGUUUUAUCCAGGAUGGUGUAAAUUGAAUUCACGCAUUCUACAACCGCCGAAAGAUUAUGGAAAAAAAUUUGAUUGGAUUACAUAUCUUAGAGAGGCUCAAGCUUUCCCAGCUCCAAAGCACAAUUUUGUCUCUACUAAACACAUUAAUAGUUCUAAAAGUCAACAUAAAUUUCAUAUUGGAGGAAAAUUAGAAGCAUUAGAUAAAGUAACACGUGUGCUUGCACGUCAGUUAAUAUGUGUUGCCACUGUUGUUGAUAUAUUGGGCAAUCGUGUUCGUAUUCAUCUUGAUGGGCGGACUGAUGAUUCGGAUUAUUGGGUGGAUAUUUCAUCAAAUAAUAUAUAUCCGGUAAGGUGGUGUGGUAAGAAUGGUAAAACAUUGAUUCCACCUAAAGGUUAUAAAAAUACCUUAAAUGCAUAUAAAGAUUCGCAAAAAACAAAAACUUUUAAUUGGACUGAAUACUUAAAAGAGACAAAUAGUGAUCCUGUACCUGACGAUGCAUUUGUUCGUCGACCAAUACGAGACUUUUGUAAGACAAUGAUAAUUGAGGUUGUUGAUAUUGUUGUUCCAAAACUAUUAAGGAUUGCUAGGGUAGUAGAUGUUAGAAAUAGUGAACUAAAAAUUAUUUAUGAUGGAUUUGAUAAAGAAUAUGAAUACUGGGUUGAAGACGAUAGUCCGGAUAUUCAUCCCGUUGGUUGGUCAUCACAAACUAACCAUCCAAUUGAAGUGCCACCAGAAACACAUUGGUAUUGUCUUGUUCCUGGUUGUAAAGGUUAUGGCAAUUCAUCGAAUAGUUUAAAAAUGAAUCAUGACAAAUUAGAAGAUUGCCCAUAUGAAAUAGACUCGUGGAAAACAGCUAUUGCUGGGUUGAGACAGAUGCCUGAUCGAUUGAAAAUUCAUAAUGUUUUAACUACUACUACCUCAACAUUGGCAAGUUCAAAAACUAAAAAAACUAAUGUACAUCAUAACAAAAAUAAGGAAAAAAACAUAAUAAAUACAGAACAUACGAAUUUCAUUGAGAUCAAAGAAAAAAUAAAUGAAAAAAGAUUAAAUUUUCUGUUGGAUCCAAAUAAUAUUGAACCAAAAUGUGACACUGCUAUUGAAAAUACACUUAGCAAUGACAAAAUUCCAAGUAUCGAUAAAAAGAAAUUGUGCAAAAAUAUUGGUCUGUCUUUGGCGGGAUUUAUUUCAAACUCUGUAUCAACUGAUACUGAUAUACUACACGGAUAUUGGACCAUACAUAAUGAUCAAUUAGGUAUACCACUAUUCAAUACUACUGAUGUAAGAACAUGGUCAGUUCAUGAAGUGGCCUUAUAUGUUAAAAAAGUUGUGGCAAAUUAUAAAUCAGAUAGAAAAAUCGAUCGAGAUUCCAGUAUAUCCGAUCGUUUCAUUAAUCAAGUAAUUGAUGGCGAGUCGUUUUUAAUGUUAAAUCAAAAUGAUUUAAUGGAUACAUUAAAAAUUCCUUUGGGUCCAGCAAUAAAAAUUUUCAACGCAAUUACAACGUUAAGACAUAGAACAUCUGAUUAUGAUUUAGGCUUUCUUGAUUUAUGAUUAUGAAUUUUACUAAUGACACAAAAUUUUAUUUUAUUCUAAAAAAAUUUAAUAUUAUUUUUAAAAUCUUCUGAAUAU